AUGCCUGAUGGUGCAGGCAUGGAGGGGUCAACAGUGCUGGAGCGUAUGGCAGCAUGUCUCCCCUGCGCCAGCUGGCCCUGCGCCGGCGGCGGCAGCAGCCGCCACUGGCAGCUGUGGCCGGGCGACUUCGACGAUGAUGCGCAGCCGAUUCUCACCGCGCCCACGCCCGCUCUCGCAGAGUGCCUCAUCCCCCCAACAGUGUCCAGCCUGUACGAUGACAGGGGACAAAGCUCGCCGGAGUCCAGCGCCCCUUCUUGGGACAUCGGUGCCGGCCGGCCCCCCGCGCACCAGAUGUCGGGGCAGAGGGGCCGCAGUGGGAUGGGUUUGUCACCCAAGGGUCAAGGGGCGCGCGGCGCAGACACCCUGGACCGAUCCUCAGGGCAGCAAGGGGGGAUUGAGCUGAAGCAGGCGGCGGCCAACCCGCUGUUGGGCCAAUUCCAUCUGCAAGACGGCGGCCGCUUUGUCAAGGCCAAGCUGCCGAGCGCAAGCGUGGGCCGGCAGGGUACGCGCCUGGAGAACAGCCAUAGUGGGGAGCGUGGGGGUGAACCUGGGGGUGGGGCAGGGGAUGAUCUGGCGAAUGCAAACGCCCCCGAGCAGACCGGCAGCCGAGGCGGGUCCCCCCGGCGGCAUGGGAACCGCUGGGAAGAGGGGGAUGCGGAGGGGGAGGACCUGGGAGGCCCACCAGCUGCAUGAGACUAGGCUGUUGAGACAGCUCUCGAGGAUCUGUGCAGCCAGGCUUGUGGUGAACAGUCUGCUUUGCCAGCAAAUAGCCCUGAAGUAUGUGGAACUAGGCUUCUUCCUGUGUGUGCAUAUAGCGCUCAAUCGCGCCUUUGUAUCAUAUUGGGCAGAAAGGCAUAAAUAAAUGUGGCACUGCGUGCAUGUAUGUUGCGGCGUGUCGCCUGUUACUCCUGCGGUGCAUGGUGUCUCCUCAGGAUGUUUUAUACAGGCUUGUACAUGAGGCUAAAGUGUCAGUCUUUGAGCAGCUAGAGAAUUGUACAAGGGUUUUGCCACAAUAUACAUACUCGGGCAUCGGAUGGUAUUGGUCGCGUAUGCCGGUAAUUGUUCCUAAUGUCAAGGUGUUGGAGCUAGUGCUCAGUUUUCUGCACAUUCAUGUAAUUAGACAUG